AUGGACGCUGACAAGGAGCGAGAACAACUUCACGACCUUGAGUUAAAGCACCAAAUAAACAAUGGCAAUGCCGAACUCUUAGUCAAAGACGAGGAUGUCCGUCGGUUGAGGGUCAGAAUACUAAUGCUACGGGACGAAAACACAACAUUGCGUGAUCAAAUAGCCCAUAACAACGAUGCAAACACCAAACUCUCGGCCCAAUGCAAUGAUCUAAGUGCUCAGAUUGAAGCUAAAAUGGACGUAAUUCGCUCGCAGGAAAAGCAAUUACGGAAACAAGAACGAGAGUACUUAAACUUGAAGGCCGAACUUCAAGCAAUGAAUAAUGCAACACAAGAUUCCGCCAAUGUGCUCGCUGAGAAAUUAUCUCUAAGUCGCGAGUUAGCUGUUUUAAAACCCGAGAUUGAACACCUCCGAUCACAAGUAAAUCACCAGCAAGCAACGCUGGCUGAAAAGUUGACGUUGGAGCGACAAGUUACUACUCUUGAGGUUGAACUUGCAAAUGAAAAGAAGGCGACCAAGAGAGUAAUGCAGAAACGCGAAAGCAACGACCGGGUUGAGGAUGAGCUCCGCCAAAGGCUACGCGAAACAGAGAAAAAAUUAACUGCUGAGAAGGCGGAGCGCGAGCGGCUUGAAGAUCAGCUUGAGCAAGAAAAACGGACACAUCAAAUUUCCUUGCAGGAACAGGACAGUACUCGAGAGCUGGAAGCAGACCUUCGAAAGAAACUUCAGGAAGUCCAGAAACAACUAAGGCAAGAGAAAGAUGAUCGGGAAAGGCUAGAAGAAGAGCUGCAGGCUACUAAACAUGCGGCAAAAAAGACACAGAAGAACAACUCAAAGAGCGAUGUAGAGGAUGAAUUACGUUCCCGAGUUGAGGAACUUGAGGCAAAUCUCGAGUCUCAACGGAAGGAGAGCGCCAGGAUUCGCCGAGAGAGUCAGGAAUUAGUGUCCGAAGCUAGUGCGCGAAGCGACCAGCUGGAAAAGAAGGUUGAAAAAUUCAAGACGAAACUACGCGAGACUCAGGAACAACUCAAGCAAUGCCAAGCGGACCUACGAAAGGCACAACAAUCACGCCCUGUUCCUAUAACCUCAGACGACACCACCAAAGUCAACGGGCGACCACAGGCUUUCCGUAAAAGGAAAGCCCAGGACAUGGCUGCGGAUGACUUCACCCAGAUUGAAAUUCAAACACCAGGAGCUGAUGAUACCACAAAAGGACGACGCGCACUCAAGAAGCGAGGCAUAGAGCCAAGUCUUGUAGGCGAGAAGUCAAUGUUCUCCAUCACUCCCUUCUUAAACCGUACCAAGAGUAUCAUCGAAGAUACUCCUAAAACUGACGAAGGAACGCCAAAUGCUUCAGUUGCCGCCUCAACUGAACCUGAGGCUGCCGAACCUACGACAGUAGCAUCUGAAGGUGCAGCGGCAGAGGAAACUCGGGAGGAGACGACCUCUCCAGCUCCUACUGAAAGCGAGAAGCCAAAACCAAGUGCUAAGUCUCGUGGUAGACCUAAAAAGGUUCUCGGUGAAGCCCCAUCCGCAAAGAAAAAUGCACAGCCUAUUUCAAAGAGGUCUGUCAAGACCAAGAGCAGUCUUGAGAAAGUAGUGGAGGAACCUAAUGAGAAGGUUCAAGAGAACCAGCGCGAUGCCGUAGAGCCUGCAGAGAAGACAACAACUGCUAAGUUCAAUUUUAGCUUCCCGCAGGACGAGAGCACGUCAUCCAGCAUGAAUGGCGAUCUACCGAAGAAGAAGAAGCGCAAGGUCCUGGGCUCAACCAAGACGUUAUUUGAUGAAGAGGAGGGAGAAGCACCACUGGCUAGGAAGCCGAGUAAAGUCCAGCUGGGUGGAAAGAGGGCACUAAACAAGGCAGUUCUCGGUGUGCAGAAAAGUGCAUUUGCCAGUGCAACCUCAUUCUCACCUCUGAAGAGGGAUCGUAGAGGUGUCGGUGCUAGUUUCCUGGCAUAA